CGCCACUUGGCAGGCGGCGACGACGAUGGGACUCGAGACGCUUCACGACGACUUUUUGGCGCAGAUCUGCGCUGCGUGCGCCGUGGCCGACCUUGGCGCGCUCGUUGCCGUGAGCAAGAGCUACGAGCGGCUCUUCCGCCCGUACUUUAUCGACGCGUGCAAGCGCUACUGCUUCCUCGACUACCUCACGCCGUCGAUCGGCGCGUACCGCAUGGCCUCGCCUGUGCCUCGCACGUGGCCAGCGCUCUACAAGGCGUUUACGUCGUCGCGCCACAUGUCGUGGUCGGCGUGCGCGUCCGAGGUCAGCUCCGGCCUGCGCAAGCUCAAGGUCGACCCGACCGAGUACGCUGUCGACGGCGCCUUCCUGCUUCGGUGCGGCGGUCACUACCUCUUCAGUUUGUGGCAGAUCCCUUUCGCAUCCAUUCACAUCACAUCCUCGAACGACGACGACCCUCGCUUUGGGACACUGGACAUGGCCAAGUGGGAGAGGCUCCGACCGGUCGGCGCCGGCCCAUGCCCCCGACGCAACCACACCAUCACGGCGCUACCACCCCUCUUUGUCGAACGUACGCUCGUCUUUGGCGGCGACGACGACAAUGAGUUUGCAAACCAGCACUGGCGUCGCCUCCUCAUCUUUGGGGGCCAAGCCGAGACGUACCCGUUCCAGUCCUUUAACGACCUCUACCUCUGCUGCCAAACCCGCGAUCGGGCGACCGGCAAGACCAAGGCGUACUGGGUCGAGCCCGAGACGACGGGACUUCCGCCGUCGCCGCGCUCGAGCCACGUGGCCACGGUGCUCGACCCGCUGACUGUGCUCUUCUCGGGCGGCAGCAGCGGCACGACCGCGAUCCCAUCGCUGGAAAUUUUUCUUUUGCAUCAAAUUCCGCACGACUACGGCGACACGGGGCUGGGUGCGUUUCGGUGGUCGCGGCCCACAGCCGAGAUGGUGUCGCCCAUGGGUCGCACGCUGCAUGCGGUUUUGCAACCCAACCGCGCCAAGCGCGAAUUCGUCAUCUUUGGCGGCAAGCAGAUCCGCGAAUCCAACGGCUUGUUCGACUGCCACUGCCUCACGUUUCUCGAUGCGGACUUGACCGAGAUGGCGUGGUCGGUGCCCGCGCUGAGCGGCCAUCGACCGUCGGACCGUCGCGGCCACAGCACGACGUUGAUCGGCCAUCGGCAUUUGCUGGUCUUUGGCGGCCAAGACAGCUCAUCUCACGAGCUUGACAAUACCACGUACGAGCUCGACGCAAAGCAGCUGCGCUGGUUUACACCAACGAUAUACGGGCAGCCACCGAGCCCGCGCCGGGGGCACAAGAUGCAGUACUUUGGCUCGCGCAUGAUUGUGCAGAGCGGCUUCACCUGGAACGAGCGCCAUAGCGUCGCCAAUACCAAGCUGCCCGAGACCGACGCCCACGUCCUGUCCUUUUUGCCAUUCGUCGAGGAUACGCCUACGAACGUCGCUGCUUCGGCCCUGCAAGCGAACGUCGACGAAGAGGUCGGAGACUACUAGUCUCGACAAGUCGAUGCCACAACACUGAUA